CCCCACUUUUCUACUUGUACGAUGUCCUUUUCUUCAACUCAUUGGCCUUUUCACUAUUUAUUACAAGGUAUAUAUUGUCUGUAUGUUACAAAAAAGAGAUAAGUACUAAACUUUUUCAGUUCUCUUAUAUAUAGUAACAUUUGCAAGACGUCUGGAAGGCUCAAACUAGAAGGUUUGAAGAGAAAGAAAAGCAUGGAAUUAGUAGAUAUGGAAGUAGAAAAUGAUUUGUUUUUUGCAGAAUUAAGCAAGCGAAUCUCUCUUCUAAUCAUGGAUGAUGACGAGGAACGCCCUUCAACUCAUUGUUCUUCAGCUUCUCUUCAGAUCUUUCCUCAACAGGUUGAUCCAGCCACAAGAACCCCAUAUCUGCAUGGUCAGAGCUGCAAAAGGGAAAUCAAAGGAACUGGAGUUUUUAUCCCUCGUUCUUCCCAUCCAAGAAGAAAUAAUAGGCAAGGAAGAUCUAUUUCCUCCAACACCAACCUCCAAAGGCAUGCUAAUGACCCAAGAGGAGUUCUUCAUGCCCAUUACAAUGAUAACCCACCUCAUGAUUCGUUAAAUCCAAGAAAAUUUUCUUAGUUAUAAUAUGCUUCAAAAAUAUAUAACCAAGUAAUUGUAUUAAGUUCAAUUUUAAUUAUGUUUAUAUGUACAUAGGCAAAGCUUCUCUAGUACUAGUAUUAGGGUGGUUCAGUCAAAGGUAGAAGCGUUUGUCCACAGUGGGAUUUGAUGGUUGUUUUCUAGCUUGACAUAUUGCAUAAGCCUCUCAUAGUCUCAUGUUUGAUUAAGUAAAACCUUUUUCUCUUAUAACUCUGUAUACAUUUUUUGAAAAGUAAUAAGAUUUCUUAUUAAAUA